AUGGCCGGAGCAACACGCUCCCAAACCGCUGCGGGCGGCUUGCGGAAGGCCAUGACACGUCCACUUCAGAGAACUAGAGCCUCCAUUCUCAGCGAGCGAGCAGACUCUCCAGCCACCGCUCUAAAGCCUUCCAAUGCAAACACCACUCGUUCUAUUCGAUCACCCAGCGUGCAACCAAGUACGGGACUGAAGCGAAAGGAAAGGGAAUCCGAACUCCAACCGGCUGAGCGGACAAACAUUCAUGUUGUUGUACGGUGUCGGGGUAGGAAUGAUAGAGAAGUCAAGGAAAACAGUGGCGUGGUUGUAUCAACUCCAGGGGUCAAGGGAACAACUCUAGAAUUGUCCAUGGGGCCAAACGCGAUGGGAAACAAAGAAUAUCACUUCGACAAGGUGUUUUCCCCAGCCGCAGAUCAGGCAAUUAUCUACGAGGAUGUCGUGGUUCCAAUUUUGAAUGAGAUGCUUUCAGGAUUUAAUUGUACUAUAUUUGCAUACGGCCAAACGGGAACAGGUAAAACCUACACGAUGUCUGGUGAUAUGGAGGACACUCUUGGUUUGUUAUCAGAUGCUGCUGGGAUCAUCCCACGCGUGCUAUAUUCCCUUUUUAAGAAACUUGAGGAUAUGGAAAGCUCUGUCAAAUGCUCAUUUAUCGAAUUGUACAACGAGGAACUCCGAGAUCUGCUUUCAUCCGAGGACGGUACAAAGCUGAAAAUAUAUGAGGAUGGCGCAAAGAAGGGCAAUCACGGCACUAUGGUACAGGGCAUGGGUGAAACGUACAUUCAUUCUGCUUCGGCUGGCAUCAAGUUGCUUCAGGAGGGCAGCUACAAACGACAAGUAGCAGCUACAAAAUGCAACGACUUGAGCUCUCGAAGCCAUACGGUGUUUACGAUUACUGUGUUCGUAAAACGAAAAACAGAGAAGGGUGAAGAAUACAUUAGCAGCGGGAAACUUAACUUGGUGGACUUGGCUGGAAGUGAGAAUAUCCAGCGCAGUGGCGCAGAAAACAAGCGAGCCACUGAGGCGGGUUUGAUCAACAAGAGCUUGCUCACUCUGGGAAGAGUAAUUAAUGCUCUGGUAGAUGGAGGCCCUCAUAUACCAUACAGGGAAUCCAAGCUCACGAGGCUGCUUCAAGAUUCUUUAGGCGGCCGUACGAAAACGUGUAUUAUAGCCACGGUAUCUCCCGCAAGAAGCAACCUGGAGGAAACUAUUUCAACAUUAGAUUAUGCAUUCCGCGCGAAGAAUAUUCGCAACAAACCCCAAAUCAACUCCACUAUAUCCAAGAAAACUAUGCUGCGAGAAUUCACGACAGAGAUUGAAAAAUUGAAGUGCGAACUAAUCGCGACACGGCAAAGAAAUGGCGUAUAUCUUUCGUCUGGAGCAUAUGAGGAAAUGACCAUUGAAAGCGAGUCUCGUCGCAUCCUCAUUGAAGAGCAAAGAGCAAAAAUCGAAACAAUGGAAGCCAACCUCAAGAAUAAAGUGCAAGAGCUGUUUACUUUAACCAGCAAUUUCAAUGACAUAAAGAAGGAUAACGAAUCCACCAAGCUUUUACUUGACCAAACGGAGGACCUCUUAGAGAAAACAGAUAUUGUGCUCAAAAACACGAAGGAGAGCUUAGAGGAAGAAUCCAUGUUACGAAAAGCUCACCAGGAAACCGAACAAAGCCUCUACAACAUCGGAACCAGCUUGAUAUCUACCUUGGGAAAGUCGGUCGCCGAUGCUGACGGGCUCCACUCGAAGCUACGACGACGGUCAGAUCUGCACGCCUUGAAUAGGGAAACGUGGCAGUCAUCCACCUCGGAAGUAUUGCAUGUUUCGAGAAUGGUGGACGAGCGGAUAGCAGCGUUCCAAAGUCAGCAGUCAAAGCUUCUAGAAGAUUUAUCCGCUAGAAUGGAAACUUUUGUCACUCAAGAGCUAGGUCGUAUCGAUGCUAGUCAUUCGUUUAUUUCUCAGGCGGAAGUUUUGUUCGAGAGCGCCGAAAUAGAAACUAAGGAGCAAACAACCGAGUGUCGGAAUGAAAUGAAUGAAGUCCUGGAAGAAAUCAAAAUUCUACGGGAAGAUGUUCAAGAGAAAAUUAGCGAAGGAUUGAGGGGACUUUCUGCCGCAGCUGAACGGAUAUCCGGGGAAGUUAUAAAUGAGCUUGGGCGAUUUCACCGUCAAUUGCACGAAGCGAACAGCCGAGCAACCGGAAUAAACGAAGCAACCAUGUUGAAGCUACAAGCUACCCUUGAUGAAGAACGAGCUGCAACAGAAACAGAGCGGACCGCAUUAUUAUCAGAAAUAAAAAUACUACUGGAUAGAUCAGCGAAGACACAGUCGGAACGACUAGAUGCCAAAGUAAACAGUAUCCGCUCGGACAUGGAAGCUUCUCAUGAUAUACUGAAAGAGGCAGACACUAAAUUCGGCGAGAAAAUGGAUGAGUGGGAGUUCCAAGAAGAUAAAAUUAUCACAGGUGUUCUUUCUUCAGAGUCAACAAUCCAAAGAAAAAUUGAUGAUGAUUGGAAUCACUUUGAUUCACGAAACAAUAAAAUCCAAGAAACUGCAAGAGCGGUUCAUCGGGAGACUGAGGGGAUUGUCAACACUCAGAUGGAAGGAAUUGCGACACAAAUGCAAGCUUUGGAUACCUUCGUCAUGAGAGCAAAAUCGCAAAAUGAAAUCCAUCACGAGGCACGGAUCCGCACCUUAGAGAAUCUGACAUGUACUAUCCGCGAAUCGUACCAGGGCAUCCAUCAAAACCUGGAUGUGUUUGGCAUCCAAGCUAAAACAUUCCGGGAUAACGUUCUCGAUGAGAAUGAAGCCAUUCUGGAGCCAAUUGAAAAUCUCACCGAGGAUAUUAGAAAACCCCUUGAGGAGCUGCAAUCGAACUUCCAAUCCAGGUCACUUACAGAAUAUACCAAAACUGGAGAGACGCCCGAGAAAACGCAGUAUGAUUACCCAUCUACUCUCCCGCGAACCGAGCCACAUGGUACCCUCAUAGCGAGAAUGAGGGGAAUCGAGGAACAGGAUGAAAACUCAACGGAUAACAACGCUCCCCCCACUAUCCAUUCUAAUCGUCUGUUCCUCUCUCCAGUUAAGUCUCCCACUAAAGCCAUGGUUUACCAAGAUGGCGGCAACGAGGUAGGGUCCAACAAUCCCCUUACCAAAAUGAACGUCAAGCCAACGUCUUCCUCGUCUGCGGGGCUUAGGGAGGUCGAUAUAAACGUCGCCGUGAAACCGCGCUCUAGCGCUUCUUUCACCCAAUCUACAGAUUUUGCGUCAUCAUUCAGAUCGUGCCCGAAUGAAAUUUCAGGAGAUACCACGUGUAAGGAUCUCAUUCCUCCUCCAUCGAAGAGACGAUCUACUUCGUCACCUCUGGCGAAGUCUGAUAUUAUUCCGGGAGCUAGUAAAUUGCCCCAAAAGGUCACUGGUAGGAGGAACUCCACGUUGAAUGGUCUGGGAAUGAUUAUGGAGGGUGGUGAAAACGAGCUUCUGUCGAUACAGUUCGAGAACCAGCUCGUGCAAGAGCGGAGGUUGAGAAGGCGCCCUGCUUGA